AUUUAUAGAAGAUCAGAUUGAGACCCUUCACGCACGUGCCUCUUCCCUCUUCUUUUGUGUCAUCGUCUCGUUGAAACUCUUCUUCGCCUAAAACUCCGCAGGCACAGCUCAAAGAUAUCUCCUUCUCUCUCUCUCCCCCCUCCGUAGCCGUCUUCUCGCCGGAGAAACCAGAAGACAGAGAAGAGAAUGGGUAAAGGAGGGCGCGAGAGAGUUGCGGAGGAUGAAGAAGGAAUCAUGGCGACGGAUUUCUUCUGGUCGUACACUGACGAGCCUCAUGCUUCGAGGAGACGUAAUAUUCUGUCUCGAUACCCUCAGAUCAAAGAUCUCUUCGGUCCUGAUCCCUGGGCUUUCCUCAAGAUCACGGUCGUCGUUUUGCUCCAGCUCUCGACAGCUGCUCUUCUUCGCGACGCAGGCUGGCUGAAGAUUCUAACCAUUGCAUAUUUCUUUGGCUCUUUCCUCAAUCACAAUCUCUUCUUGGCGAUCCACGAGCUCAGCCACAAUCUCGCCUUUUCCACUCCAGUCUACAACCGGUGGCUCGGGAUUUUUGCCAACCUCCCCAUCGGCGUACCAAUGUCUGUAACUUUCCAAAAGUACCAUCUCGAGCACCAUCGUUUUCAAGGAGUGGACGGCAUUGACAUGGAUGUCCCGAGCUUUUCAGAAGCCCGUCUCGUGAAAAACGUGUUUGCCAAGACCGUGUGGGUGUUCUUACAACUCUUCUUCUACGCGCUAAGACCGUUGUUUCUGAAACCGAAGCCUCCUGGCUACUGGGAGUUCGUCAACCUGCUCGUUCAGAUAGGUCUGGACGUGGCAAUGAUCCGGUUCUGUGGAUGGAGAUCGUUUCUUUACCUGAUACUUUCGACUUUCGUGGGCGGGGGUAUGCAUCCAAUGGCGGGGCAUUUCAUCUCGGAGCACUACGUGUUUAAACCCGAGCAAGAAACUUACUCGUACUACGGCCCGCUGAAUCUGCUGACGUGGAGUGUCGGCUAUCAUAACGAGCAUCACGAUUUCCCGAGAAUCCCGGGAAACAAGCUGCACAAGGUGAGGGAGAUGGCACCCGAAUACUAUGAAGGAUUAGAGUCGUACAAGUCAUGGAGCCAAGUGAUAUACAUGUACAUUAUGGACAGAACAGUUGGUCCUUUUAGCAGAAUGAAGAGGAAGAUCUCUGCAAGAAAGUCCGAGUAGAAUCUCCUUGAUCAUCAGUUUCAGACAUCAGAAACUGUUUUUUUUUCCUGAAAGAAUAUAUAUAUAUAUGCACACACACACACAUAUAUAUUAUAUUGGUUGGGUCUUGAGGGGGAGAUUGUCUUGGAAUAGUUAAAGCAGUGUAUUAAGGCCUUAGCUUUGAUCUGUUGUUGGGUUUUGGUGUUUUGGAUUUUUCAAAAUCGGUGCCAUUAACAUUACAAUGUUUUUUCUUUAAUCAAUUUUUCUUCUGAAAUUAGUUCUU